CCAAAUAAGUCUUCUGGAGUUUCUGCAGUGGACAGAGUUGAACUGUAGCCGGUCCAAAAGGCGGCUGGUUGUUUCAUAAACUUUUGUAUGCUGAGAAAUAUUUGUGCACGGCCCCGUUUCUAUCCGUCCUUUUGUCAUCACAAGGGCUUGGCAUUGGGGCACUCUGACUCUGCAUGAAGAUCAGACAGACCAAGCCAGCAUGCUUUCAUUUGCAGUCUCCAGAACAAUGAGUUGUGGCCUCAGGAGUGUCAGCCGGGCACCCAGCUUGUGGUCCUCCCAGGCCCUAAUGCAAGUAUGCAAAUGGCCUUGUAGUUACAGCACCACCACUGCCAGCCAGAAGACCCCUUCUUACAGCUAUGUCAUCGUAGGGGCUGGCUCCGCAGGUUGUGUGCUGGCAAACCGGCUGACGGAGAACGCCUCUGACUCGGUUCUGCUAUUAGAAGCUGGGCCCAAGGACAUGUUCCUCAACAGCGUCCGGCUGUCCUGGAAGAUCCACAUGCCGGCGGCUCUUACGUACAACCUGUGCGACGAGAAGUACAACUGGCACUACCACACGCUGCCCCAGGCAGGCAUGGACGGCCGUGUGCUUUACUGGCCCCGGGGCCGCGUGUGGGGAGGCUCGUCCUCGCUCAAUGCCAUGGUGUACAUCCGCGGCCACGCCGAAGACUACAACCGCUGGCAGAGGGAGGGUGCCGAUGGCUGGGAUUACGACCACUGCCUGCCCUACUUCCGUAAAGCUCAGGCCCACGAGCUGGGCGCCGAUCGCUACAGAGGCGGCGACGGACCACUGCACGUGUCUCGUGGCAGAACCAAUCACCCCCUGCACCAGGCCUUUAUCGAGGCCGGGCAGCAGGCCGGCUACCCGUUCACAGAUGACAUGAAUGGCCACCAGCAGGAGGGUCUGGGCUGGAUGGAUAUGACCAUACACAAAGGGAAAAGAUGGAGCACAGCCAGUGCCUACCUGCGGCCCGUGCUGUCCCGACCCAACUUGAAGGCAGAGGUACGCUGCCUAACCACCCGCAUUCUGUUUGACGGGACCAGGGCUAUCGGAGUGGAGUACAUACAGAACGGGGAAACUAAAAGGGUGUAUGCAGAAAAAGAGGUGAUCCUGAGCGGAGGGGCUUUAAACUCACCACAGCUGCUGAUGCUGUCCGGCGUUGGAAACGCAGACGACCUGAAGGAACUGGGCAUCCCUGUGGUCCAGCACCUGCCAGGAGUCGGCGAUAAUCUGCAAGAUCACUUGGAGCUGUAUGUGCAGCAGCAGUGCACUCAGCCUAUAACGCUCUAUAAAGCCCAGAAGCCUUUUCUCAUGAUAAAGAUUGGCAUAGAGUGGAUGCUGCAGCAGACAGGUUACGGGGCCACAGCACACCUGGAGAGUGGGGGUUUCAUCCGUAGCCGACCUGGCGUCACCCAGCCCGACAUCCAGUUCCAUUUCCUGCCCUCUCAGGUUGUUGAUCACGGUCGGACCAACUCCAAGAUUGAGGCUUACCAGGUUCACGUUGGACCGAUGAGGAGCACCAGUAUUGGAUGGAUGAAACUCAAGAGCAGGAAUCCAUUGGAUCACCCGAUCCUUCAGCCCAACUACCUCACAACAGACAUAGACGUAUGGGAGUUCAGGCAGUGUGUGAAGCUGUCACGGGAGGUCUUCGCCCAGAAGGCCUUCGAACCCUUCCGAGGCCCCGAGGUCCAGCCGGGCCCGGGGGUCACCACGGACGCCGAGAUUGACGCCUUUGUGCGCCAAAAGGCGGACAGCGCGUACCACCCGUCCUGCACCUGCAAGAUGGGCGCCGUCACGGACCACAUGGCCGUGGUGGACCCCCAGACACGCGUCUAUGGUCUGGACGCGCUCCGGGUGGUGGACGCCUCGAUCAUGCCUAGCGUCGUCAGCGGCAACCUGAACGCACCCACCAUCAUGAUGGCCGAAAAGGCUGCCGACAUCAUCAAGGGCCUGCCGUCGCUCCAUGACCCCGGGGUGCCCGUCUACCAGCCUCUCAGCCUGGAGACGCAGCGGUGAGGUGAGGGGGUUCAUCCUGCCCAGACCAAAGCCACUGUGGGGGCCUCGCGCCCUCGGCAUUAUACACCAAUGGUACUCUGCUUACUGUUGUAUGCUAUGGCCAAACAUUGGCAUCAUAAUCAUUUUUCACUGUCACCUGCGCAGCACUAAUAGGUAUAGUAGAUGGAAACUCACCCGGAAUGUCAGGGCAAUUGAGUUGCCUUGAAUGGAUGCUUCUGAGCCAUCCUCUGAGCCAUCCUUGAGAUUUAAUAAUUCAUUUUAAAAUGAGAAUGAUAUAUAUUUUAGCAUGUUCAAGUUCUGUGUAGCAUUUAAGAUGCAGUAAUAUCUGAGGUGGCAUCCUGAUACUGCUUUUAAACUGAAUAGCAUAUAUACGUAUGCAGCUUAAUCUCACUUCAAUAGGAUAACCAAAGGAUACAGAUUUUCAUACCAUAGACAAAACUGGUCUGGUAAGCCCUACAAUACAAUGUUACCACAAUCUUUCGACAAUAAUACAAAUCUUUAGUACUUUUUGAAGGAUUUCUGAAAUGUGCUUUGAUGAAAUGGAGCACAUUUGAAACUUUUUUUAUUGCAAAUCAUGUCCCCAAAGCAAUACUUUUUUAGAAUGUAUUUUAUCCAAUCAGAUUUCACCUGUUCAUCUAAUGAAGACUUCUCUGUACUAAUGGACUUCAUAGUCACCUAUACUCACUCAUUCCUAAUAAUAUUUAUAACACAGAUAAAUAACGCUACAAGGUCAUAUACAACAUAUAAGGUUUUCCAUUCAACAUUGCACUCUGCUCCUCCUUCCCCCCUCCCUCUUAGUUCAGCCUAGCUCUAAACCUGGAUUUGACUGACAUCCCGGAGGCCCAUUCCCUGACCUACCUGGCUUCUCCGAGUUUCUGAUUGGCUAAAAGCUGAGCCUUGCUGAGAACUUCCGUGGGGAAUAUCUCUGCAAUGGCACCUAUAUUUCCUAGAGUAGUUUAUAGUCUGGAAACAAGUUCACAUUUCAUAUUAAAAACAAAAGCUCAGUAUUUAAGGUUUGAUAGUGCAAUGAGAUGCUUGCCGUACAAGUUGGUGAGCUUCAGUUUAGUCAUAGUCCCCCAGUUUAUUAACACUCCAAUUCCCCAGGUUGCUUGGAUCCUGUUGUUUUGACCCACUACCGUGUUGCCUCCAUAUGGUCUUGAUAAUGGUAAUAUGCCUGAAGUAGACAGUGGUCUAUCAAGGCGUGCUAUUCUAUAUCUGCUAUCAUCUGCCUGUAUCAAACAAGGGACCUGUAAACACUAACGUUGAUAAAUGUUGACCACAAAUUCCAGACUCACACACACCUACCGAUUAACCUCACUUUUACGAAGUCUUACCUGUUUGAUUUUCAGUAUUAUUUCUGAGCUUGUAUGUCAUAUCAAGGCAGAUGUGAUUCCUGAAUGUUUACAAGGAAAUUGUUGAAUUAUGCUAUAUGCUUAUCUUUAAGUUUGAUUGGUCCAUUAUUAAGGCUGAAAUGUAAUAUAGAAAUGUGAUCAAUUUGAAUUAACCUGCAUUUACACUAAAUGUGACCUUACAGCAUGUUCUGCCUAAAAUGUGACUAAUAUGAAGUGUUUCUUACCCACUUGUGUAAUGUGAAUGUCAACUAGUGCUAUAUGUCAGCAUCAUGUUGAUAAAGCCAUAGUGCCUACACCCACCCCCCCCCACCCCACCCAUUCUCAGUAUGAAGAAAUCAGUUAAUAUGUACAAAUGAAUGUGAAGGAAGUUGUCAUAAUUAUGUCCCAAUUUUGAUUUACAGCUGAUUUAUGUUUACAUUUCAUGUAACAAGCUUUUGCUAUUUUAUCCGUCAUCUCAUAUAACCACGAUGAGAUCUUAAUUCACAUAUUGUAAUAAUUGUGUCCGUAUUUUGCACUUGUUUGUGUUAAAGUUUUAACUGAUUUUGUUUUUGAGGAGUUACAUUGGAACAAAACAUUAAAUUUAAUAAUUUCACAAAA